CCCGGCUGCUGGGAGCGAGGCUCGUCCCGGGGCGGGUCCCCUCGGUGGCUCUGAGCUCGAUUGCUCAGUGGAGCGGCCGCUCGGCGCUGGAUUGAGCGGCCUGGGCCCUCGCGCCGCGGCAGUGCCCCCAGGAGUCCGUGGGCCCCGUCCGUCCGCCAUGGGGCUCCUGUCGGACCCGUACCGCAGGCGGGCGCUGUCCCGGCUCAUCCUCCGCCUCAACACCCCGCUCUGCAUUCUCAGCUACCUGGCUGGACUGGGCUGGUUCUUGGGCCUGGCCUCCCCACCCUUCACCCUGCGCUCAUACAUGUCAGAGAACGCCAUGGGCUCCACCAUGGUGGAGGAGCAGUUCGUGUUUGGCGAGAGGGCACUCUCCUACGCCCGUGAGUUCGCUGGCCACAAGAAGAAGGUGGGGGGGAUCCCCGUGGCCUGGCUGGAGAAGACAAUGUGGAACCUGGGCCUGGAGGUUUAUAAGCAGCCCUUCUCCCGCACUCUGCCCUUCCCCGACGAGACACGCGAAAGAUACAUGGUGAAGGGUACGAAUGUGUACGGGAUCCUGCGGGCACCACGUGCGGCCAGCACAGAGUCCUUGGUCCUGAGCGUGCCCUGUAGCAUGGGGCAGCACAACAACCAGGCCGUGGGGCUCAUGCUGGCCUUGGCUUCCUACUUCCGGGGUCAGAUUUACUGGGCCAAGGACAUCAUCUUCCUGGUGAACGAGCACGACCUGAUCGGCAUGGAGGCCUGGCUGGAGGCCUACCAUGAUGUCAACGUCACCGAGGUGCUCUCCUCGGGGAUGCUGGGCCGGGCCGGAGCCAUCCAGGCGGCUGUCUCGCUGGAGCUGAGCAGCGACGUCAUCACCAGCUUCGAUGUGGCCGUGGAGGGGCUGAACGGGCAGCUGCCCAACCUGGACCUGGUCAACCUCUUCUACGCCUUCUGCCAGAAGAACGGGCUGCUGUGCACCAUCCAGGGCAAGCUGCAGCGCACGGACUGGGACACGCUGCCGGCCUAUGUGCAUAGCCUGCAGACCCUGCUGCUCAUGGUGCUGAAGCAGGGCUCCGGCCGGCCCCAGGGCGACCAUGGCCUCUUCCUGCGCUACCAUAUCGAGGCCAUCACUGUGCGUGGCAUCAACAGCUUCCGGCAGUACAAGUACGACAUGGGCACCGUGGGCAAGACGCUGGAGGGGAUGUUCCGCAAGCUGAACAACCUGCUGGAGCGCUUGCACCAGUCCUACUUCUUCUACCUGCUGCCCUCGCUCGCACGCUUCGUCUCCAUCGGCGUCUACAUGCCGGCCGUCGGCGGCCUCGUCCUCGUCCUCGUCCUCAAGGCCCUCGACCUGUGGAUGAAGCUGAGUAAAUGUGAUGCGGGUGCCGAAGAGCCGCUCUGCGAUGGAGACAAGGGUGCUGCCCACGCUGCCGCCGAGGAGUCGCGGCCUGGCCUGCUCACCCUGGUGCCACCUCUGCUGAUCUGCCAUGCCACAGGCCUCACCCUCUACUUCCUGCCUGUGCUGGGCCAGCACGUGGCCACCCAGCACUUCCCCGUCUCAGAGUCGGAGGCCGUGGUGCUGACGGUCACGGCCGUCUACGUGGCCGGGCUGGCGUUGCCACACAACACGCCCAGGGUGCUGACUGGCUGUGGGAGUGAACGCGGCUGGAUGACCCUGAAGCUUCUGUCCCUGCUGUACCUGGCCAUGCAGCUGGGCUGCAUUGCCCUUAUUAACUUCUCCCUGGGCUUCCUCCUGGCUGUCACCAUGGUGCCCGUUGCAGCCAUCGUCCAGCCCAAAGGCCCCAAGUAUCUGUAUGCAGUGCUACUGGUCCUGGUCACUCCAGCUGUCACCCUCCUACUCAGCAUCGUCCUGUACCAGGAGCUGAUCGAGUACCCCGUCUCGGCGCUGGAGUGCUGGCAGCUCUUCCUGCAGGCUGUGUCUGAGGGCCUGCUGGACCACUACCUCUACGGCUCCAUAGUCUUUCCCUUCAUCGCCCUCUUCGUCUACCCCUGCUGGCUGCUGCUCUGGAAUGUGCUCUUCUGGAAGUAGCUGGGCCCCUCUGCCUGGCCCUAUGUCUCCUGGGGGAGGAGGCUGCUGACUGGGCCCCCGCCUGGCAACUGGAUCCCAGGAUCUGGGUCUUGCCCUGGAGCCAUCCCAUGUUCUCAGGCUGGAGCCUUGCACCUUUGUUCUGGAGGGAGAAGGCUGUUCUGGGGCCUGCAGCAGGAGUCAGUUCCCCUCCCUUGUGCUCAGUGGCCUCAAGAGGGCCUGGGGUGCCUACUGCCUGCAUUCCACUGAACUCAGCUGUCCUUGGGCUUCGCAUGCUGGGACCUUUGCCUUCGGGGGGCAGCUGCCAGCUGGUGCACGGGGGAGGGGACACGGCACCGGGCUGCGGGCAUGGGAGCAGGGAUGCUUUGGCCUUGCUUGUUCCCACAGACAGAAGGCAGAUGGGGGGGGCUUAGGCUGGGAGAAGCAGGAGGCAGUACUGGAGAGGCAGGUCCCCUUGAGUCCAAUUAGGUAGGGGAGUGGAGGGUGCUCCCCACUCUUCCUCAUGCAUGGGCUGGAUAUGCCUUCCUCAGCAUUGGGGGAGGAGAGGAGUGGGGCAUUCAGGUUUGCACACUCCUCCACUGUAUACAGGUGGGCCAGGCCCCCACAGCAGCCAGCAGACUGGGCUGGGGGAAUCCACAGGGAUUGGAAAGGCAAGUGUGUGCCAGGAGUGUUCAUCUUUGUAAUAAAAUAAGAAGAAAAGCCUU